CUAUUGUUCAGCCUACACCUAGAUUAUACACAUAUACUCUGUAGCAAUGCUUGUUUCAUCUGUUGUUGCUCUGUUGGCAACUGCUGCUUCUGUCGUGUCUGCAGAUUAUCCUUCCUACAAUCUCAUCAAGACUGAUCGUGAUGCUGGCCGCUUUACAUUUGUGCCCACCACUCGUGCCCAAAAGGAAAUUACUCUCAAGAAUGCCGAAAAUGUGCUUGCUGCAUGGGUCAAUUACGAUUCCAAGAUGGCCAACUAUGGAUCAGCCGCUGAUCCGUUCCCAAUCAUCAAGAGUGUUCGUAGCAACAUUGACAAGAUUAGUGAUGAGGAGCUCCAGCUUACACUCAAUGAUGCGUUUGUCAAGAUUCGUGACCAGCACACUCGUUGGUUCAAGCCUGGACCAUACCGUUGUUUCUUUGCAACCACUGGUCUGACGUAUAACUUUAUCGAUGCUGACAAGGAUAUCGCCAACAAACCCAAAGUUGUUGUAUCUGAUAUUGUCAAGACUCCCGAGGUUUUGGCCCUGAUGGGCAAGGAGUACACCAAGAUUGAGCUUGGUGAUGAACUCGUGGGUAUCAAUGGCAAAACCUUUGUCGAAUGGUUCAAGGAGAACCAAUUCAAAUCUGGUGAUGGUGCUAAUGAUUUUGGUGGUCAGCGCACUGCUCUUCGAUACAUUGGUACAAUCUAUGGUUCAGUUGAUCGUCUUCCCACUGAGGAUUCCAUUUCACUCGAGUUUAAAUCUCGUGCCCAUUACAACCACAAGUACACCAUCGCUGU